AUGGCUCCGUUGAAAGGUGAUAUGCAAAGGGUCUUUCAGGCUUACCAGCCACUUUUCGUCGGGCAAAACGCGUUGAUUCGGCGAAGAAAGGCAAUAUUAACGAAAUUACUAACUUACCAGUGCCCUCCCAGCGAUCUGCUUGCGGAUUUGGGCCUUCAUAAGAUCGUUGAUAUUUUGCAAUCUUUGUUGAAAGACAACGCCUUUGCUUUAGAAGAUGCGGAAAAACAUGACCCAAAACCAAGUCAGGCUUAUCAAACGGUACAAGGGGGAUAUAGUGCCAAUACUUGGGUUCCAAAAGGCUCAUUGAAGGAUACUGGUGACAAUAGUGUGUCGGAAGAAGAUGAUGGCGAGUGUCUUGUCGGCAAGACGGUGGAAGUCGAGAAAUCUCAAACUGAAGAAGAUAAAACCGCAGGCCCCAACCGCAGUCCAAUGUCCUCCAUGCAUGUUACUUCGAGAUGUGCUUGUAUCUCAUACCAAAUACAACAUUUGAUCCUGACCAAGACCCAGAGCCUACUCGAGCAAGCCUGCUUUGAUUUCACAACGAAAUGGGCUCCCGGAUUGAUUUUGAGGGAGAUGUGGGACUGUCCAGAAGCCAUCGAGUUGAGUAAAUGGACCGUGGCCGUAACCAAAGCCCUCGAUGAGAUCCCUAUUGACGCUUUCAGAACAGAGGAUUAUCCAAAUAUAAAAGGAAUCUUUCAUUCUAGCUAUGAGCUCCGCAACAUUUCUGUUCACCGUGUGCGUAUCAGUCUCGACAAACUUGAAGGACUAGUACAAAAUGCGGUUCAGUUUCUGGCGGCACUCCGUGAUAACUCCAGGGCACUUCGGCUUGGCAAGAUGCAGGCUAUUAUGGGCGUGUUCAUGAGGUCGUUGGAAAUGGAGAAAGAGUCUAUCGAGCCCCGGCUUCAGGAUGAGCUUAGCGAGAUUCAUCGCCUACGUGAGGCUUUGGAUAUACGAGAAAAGAAGGCGGUAGAAGCUAUGAGGAGAGACAACAUGAAAGUUAAUAACAAUACUGCGUUUCUGCUGGAAUACGCUUUUGAGGAAAUCUUUAGAGAAGGCCGUUAUCUUUAA